AUGUCUCGGCCAGUGUUCACCGCCGUGUUCCUCUCCAUCUUCUAUCUAGCCAAGGUCGCAAUUUACGACCUCUCCGUAACCAAUGGUCUCAUGGACUCCACAGAGUCGGCCCUUGCCGGAGAGCCGAUUACGUUCACCACGUUGAAGCCGCUGGACAGCCUACUCACUAUGCUCGUCCGGUUCUUCAAGCCUAUCCUUGACGGCAAUGACCCGAAUCUUACCUUGUUCUCAAUCUUCAUGGCCGGCCAACUGCUCGCCGUGCAUGUUCUCAUUCAAGUGGAAGGUCUGAGAGCCGGAAACCGAGAAAGACUGGUCUCCUACACGACCUCCUGGGGAAUGCUCUGGCAACUCAUGACCUUCGGCGCCACUCUACCGCUCUAUUUCCUGGCAUACCUCUACACCUCCCCGAUCCCAGGGUCCUUGACACCAGACGAACUCGCAGCCGCAAUCUCCAUCGACCCAGUCCAAGCUCGCGCGGUCAUCGGCUCCCUCACCUUUGGCGCCUUCAUCCCAACGCUCCUCGCAGCGCUCCCGAGCCCCAGCAUCAUCACUCCGCGCACCCAGGAGAUCCUCCUCGCUGUCUGGCAGGCCUUCCCCCUCUGGUCCGACAUCUGGCAGUUAAUCUUUGCCCAACUCAUCAGCGCUCUUGGCGUGGUCCCUUCAGCCGCAAAGUCGAGGCCGCAGACGAAGAUCAAUGACUUUCGCAGGAUCUACACUUACGCCCUCUCUGCUGUUGCCGUCACGACCUACGGCGUCAUCGGUUAUGUCUUCUGGAAGGCUGACUGGGCUUCGGACACCGCUAUCGAGGCGAUGGUGCAGAUUCUUCGGCCUACUUCGCCGUGGUCCCAGGUGAAGAUGGUGUCGUUAGAGAAGGGGAUCUUGGAUUUGCUGCAGUGGGACACGUACUGCGCUUCCUUGGCGACGUGGAGCUGGAUUGCCUACUUGGCGUAUGAGACGAAGGGCCUUGGACAGGUUGUGAUGGACUUGGGGAAGUUGGUCAUGUGGAGUGCCGUCGUUGGGCCUGGCGGAGCGGCGCUGGCUGUUGUUUGGGGAAGGGAUGUGCGAGUUCUAAGUAGCGCGGACAGGAAGAAGAAGACGGUUUGA